AGGGGUUGACACCGUGCUGUACACGUACACUACAGCACCACCGUAUCGUCACGGUAUUGCUGUCUCCAUUCGUCGUUUCGUGUCCGGAACGAAAACUGUCUGUGAUUUUUGACCACGUUUUUCGUCUUGUCCUCGGAUCACCAUUAGGAAAACACAUCCAAGAUGCCUGUUCCCGCGCAAUCCAAAAUCGUCAAGAAGGGAAACUCUGAGCCCGACCAGUUUGAGCUGUCCAUCGCCCAGGCUUUGCUCGAGUUGCAGAACAACAGCGACUUGAAAGCCCAACUCCGCGAACUGUACAUCACCAAAGCCAAGGAGAUCGAGCUGUUCGGCAAGAAGAGUGUCAUUAUCUAUGUGCCCAUGCCACAACGAGCUCAGUUCCAAAAAAUUCAAGCUCGCUUAGUUAGAGAAUUAGAGAAGAAGUUUAGUGGCAAGCAUGUAGUAUUUAUUGGUGAUCGAAGAAUAUUACCAAAACCUACUAGGAAAACAAGAACUAAGAGCAACCAGAAGCGUCCAAGAAGUCGAACUUUAACUUGGGUCUACGAUGCAAUCCUUGAUGAUUUAGUGUUUCCAGCAGAAAUUGUUGGAAAACGUAUCCGAGUCAAAUUAGAUGGAAAACAAAUGAUGAAAGUUCAUUUAGACAAAACUCAACAAACAAAUAUAGAGCACAAGGUGGAUACUUUUGCAUCUGUAUACCGAAAGCUGACUGGCAGAGAUGUAACUUUUGAGUUCCCGGAACCAUACUUGUAAACUUGGUUUAAUAAAUACAUUUUUAUUUUAUUUUCUGA